AUGGUGCUGUCUCGCAAGGUGCUGGCAUUUAUGUUACUUACGCUGCCACCGACGGGUGUGACUGCGCUAACGUACUUCGUGGGCGGAGUCAGUGGCGUCACGGCGGUGGGUGUGGGCGUACUCUCGAGUUUCGCGUUCUGUGACUUCUGGUAUUUCCUACGCUUGGGGCUCCACUCGAUCAUGCCUGCGCCUCGUGGACUUCGCAAGCACUUAUUCGCAGUGAGCAAGGCUAAUGGUCGUAUCGGACUCAUGGAUAUCGACCGCAAUGGCCACUGUAAUAACGCCCGCUUCCUGCGUGAGUGCGGCUUUGGGCGUCGCGAGCUGUGGCAGCACAACGGCGUGUGGAAGGUGGUGACUGCUGCAGGUGGCAAUCUCGUGGUGGGCUCGCAGACCGUACGCUACCGGCGCGAGCUGUCCUUUGGACAGGCUUACACGAUGCAGUCGCGCCUCAUUUGCUGGGACAAACGUGCCUUCUACGUGGAGCACCGCUUCGUAACCCACGGUGCCAAGGGCGAUUUUGUGAACGCCAUCGUGCUAGUGAAGAACACCGUGCUGGGCGCACUGAGCCCUGCACAGAUCGUCGCCAAGCUGCCGGCGCUGCAGUCCGAUGAGGAGGCCAAUCCAUCGAUGCCUGCAGACGUCUCGGCCUGGAUCGAAAGCAACGACGCUUCCAGCAAGAUGCUCCGCGCCGAGGUCGUUAGCUGA